AUGGGCGAGGCUACAUUUACCCCACUAUCCUCCUCAUCUGCCCCUCAUCAACCUUCCUACCCUACCCCUCAACAGAUAUCGGCCAACCUCACGCUCCAGGCACCACUUUCACGGCGAGGUCGCGGCCCAGGUCUGAUACUGGUACUGGAUCACUAUGCGCUAAUCCAAAAGAGUGAGAAGCAUUUGGAUCCGCCGCCGCUACAGAAAUGGGCAGAGGAGGGAUUUUGUGUUGCACAGCUUCUGGUUCCGGGCAAGGUCGAAGAUGGCGGUGAAUUUCCAUUGCAAAAAGCAUUGGACGUCUUGAAGAGUUGCGAGGGAUGUGAGUUUAGCAAUGGCGUUGGACUAAUAUCAUACAUCUCCCGCGUCCCCUACUAUGUAGAAGAGGCAGCUUUCCUCAGUCCUGAUAUCAAAGCCCUCGUCUCCUACGGCGGCAGAAAGUUCACCACACUGAACGAAUCCGCCAUCGCAACGCCUCCGCAACUCAUUCAUACUGCUGGCACAGAUCUACCGCGCCGCGAGUCCUGUUCUAUCGUUCCUGAUGCUUCGGCUCAGCUACCUCCCUCUGGUACUAUUAAAUCCUACCGUUAUGUCGACGCGAAGAAAGAUUCGAAUUGGACGCUGCCGAGCGAUGAAGAGUAUCACAAGCAAAGUGCUGGAAUAGCGCACACGAGAAGCCUGACGUUUCUAAAGCCGCUGCUCGACGGCCCGUUCUUUGAUCUCGAAGCCGUGUGGGAAGAGCACUGCAAGUAUGAGUUCGUGGAGAGGGAUGUAGAAAAGACAAUGGCAACGAUGGUCGAUGAGCCUUAUGUCAACCACAUUCCCACAAUGACCGGUGGCGUGGGCAAAGAGCGACUAACAGCUUUCUACACGCACCACUUCAUCUUUAGCAACCCGCCCGACACGUCUCUCAGCCUCGUCUCCCGCACCGUAGGCAUCGACCGUGUCAUCGACGAGUUUGUCUUCAGUCUCACACACACAACACUGGUCCCGUGGCUUCUCCCUGGCAUCCCUCCCACAGGCAAGAAACUCGAGCUCCCAUUCACCAGCAUCGUCGCCAUGCGCGGGGACCGCUUGUGUCACGAACACAUCUCAUGGGACCAAGCUACUGCGCUGCAACAAUUGGGCCUGCUGCCGGAGUAUGUGAGGUUUCCGUACGAGAUUGAGGGGACGGCAGCGCCACAGGGGAAGAAGUUUGAGGUUCCGCUACCAGCUGCAGGGGUGGAAACGAGUAGGAAGUUGGUAGACGAGGGCAGUGAGGAGAGCAAUAGGUUGCUAGACAAGGGUUGGAGAGUGGUUGACGAUGAUUAA